GUUAUUUAAUUCAUUUUUCCAAGACUAUAUAAUAUACACGCAUCAUUUAGUAAGCAAAUCUAGGGUUCUAAUAUUUUCCUUUUCUUCUUAUAAAUCUGUAUGUGUCUGGUUUCAAUUGGUUUGUAUGGGAAAUUAGGGAAGGGAAGUUGAGGCAAUAUAAUACUUGGGAAAUAGCAAUUUCUUGUUCUGCAUAUUAUAAAUUGCUGCUACCAUCCUUGUCUUUGCAGAAUAGAAAAGUGACUCAUUCACUCUCCCUUAGUCCUUAGCCUGCAGACUUCAUUGGAGUGUACUUAAUUGUUCAAACCCUUCUUGAAUACAUAUAUCCAGUAGACAAUAGGGUCAGCAAUCCAACAAAAUCUUCUCUGCAUAACCUAUCCUCCCAUUUCUUACUGCAUUGACCUCCACUGCAUAAUUGUGGAUUGAAUUCUAUCCAACACUACCAAAACAAAAUAGGAGAUCUAGCCACAGAACUCUUUGCAGUUUGACCUUGUAACUAAAGAGGCCAUCAUCAUGAGUUCUUAUCAUGUGUUCUUCCUCAUCUAUUUGAUCAUCAUGCUUAUCAUUCUGUUCUGCAAUCUUGGAGCACAUUCUGGUCCUUCAAACAAGUUUUUGUCUUCAUUUCAUGGAGCUUCUAGCAACCACUCAGCAACUAUGGAAUGUUCAGAAAAGGGUAACUCAUCAACUCACAGAAAGCUUUUGUUUCAUGGGAGCUGUGCAAAUAGAGACAUAAGCAUCUCACAAAGCAUAGACACCACGUCUGGGAUUCCAAGAUACAUAGUACAGAUUGUGAACAUCUGUGUUAAUUCUGGGUCAUGUGCUGCUUCAAAUAUUCAUCUCCACUGUGGUUGGUUUGCCUCAGCAAGAGUCAUAAACCCAACCAUCUUCAAGAGGCUCUCAUUUGAUGAUUGCUUGGUCAAUGGAGGCAAGCCUUUGAAGACCAGUCAGAGCAUCAGUUUCACUUACUUUAACUCCUUUAUGUACCCCCUUUCUUUCAAAUCUGCCAAGUUUUGCUAAUUCAAAAGCCAAACUUCUGAU